UCCACCGUCAGACAAUUACACAGCGAAAACACAAUCGCACUCUGGCCGUAAGAGUCGUUCUCCGGUUGCGUAGCUAUUAGCUGGGGGUUGCGAGAGCAUGGCACAACCAAUACCUCCGAAUUGGAAUCCGAACUACGGUGUCGAUCCAAGAAAUCUCGACCUUAAUCAUGGGACACUUCAGCUGCCUCAAACGGAGUCCUGGAAUGAAGUUCGUUCCCAUAGUAUUGGACAUGAACUCGAUCAUAGUCUCCAGUACUCGACUGAUGUGAAUGCAUUGCACGUCGAAUUUUCACAUGCAGCUCUGGCCGUGCCGGACUUGGAAAUGCAAGGCCAGGAUGAGAGCUCGUCAAGUCACGCUCAUGAUACUCCGCGGCCUCUCUACGAUAUGAGGAUCAUGGAUCUCGGCCGUGCAGCCUUUCACGAAAACAGCGUCCCCGGAGUUCCCAAGCCAGCCGUCUACGCAGAGACAGAACAUCAUUUAUCUCAAGGGAGUUGUGGGGUGCUCAAUUCCACGGUUCGUUGGCUCGAUCCCUCUAUGCAACCCUCUCCAGACAGUGGGUGCGCAUUUGUCGGCCCCGUGCCAACUUAUCCGCUCCUGGGAAUGGACUCCACAGCCAGAGGAUUGGAAUGGGGCCUUCUGGCAAGCUCUACAUUAAAUGACUCUUCGACUCAACCCGCGAAAAGCAAUAUACCCAUUGGCUCGGAGCAGAACGCUCCCAAGAAGCGUGCUUUGAAAAAUGUCACUUUUCGAAAAUACAAACAUCGAAGCCGUCGAACACCACAGCGUUCACCAUCUCACAUCGGCGCUUCGCUGGGGCAAAGGGCCAGAUUGGGAGUGAGUCCGCUUGAUAGUGGAAUACCCUCACAAAAUGGAACUGUUAAUGAUGGUUCAGCUGAACCUGCGGUUACGGACUCACAUCACGACGAGCAACAGCAUGCACUAACGCUGCUCAAAAAUUCAUUCCGGCCUUCUUCGUUAUUUUCCGCACAGAAGUUUGCGGAUCUCAUAGUCCAGAUAGAGCAACUCGUGAUUGACAAUGAGAAGUAUGUUGAUCCAGCAACACCUACAGCGGGCACCACUCUCACAAGUACUGUCUCCUCCACCCGUGACUCGUACUCCAACUCAGGAGUUAUGGAUUCGGGGUGCACAACCGAUGAUACGUCCGUGUCAUCCACUCCUUUCCCGGAAGUUGACGAUGCACAAGAAUCUUCCCCCUCUGAAGCACCAGUUGAAAGAAAGCAUUGCCACUGCAGCAAAUGUGGUGUUAGGCCAUUAUUCUACUGCACCAAAAAGAACUGUGGUUAUUCUACUCAUAUCUGCACAGACUGGAAGAGGCAUGAAGAAGGAGAAAAGCACUGGCCUCAAGAACGCUUUAUGUGCCUAGAAUGUCCCAGAACCCUACCCCCAAUGGAUAUCAGCGGCAGUCCCUUAUGCGAGUUCUGUAAUAGUCCAUUCGGAUUUGGAGAAGUACCUAGGGCUCAUUAUCUCAGAUGUGCAUCCGCGAGGCAAGAUGGCACAACUUUUAGCAGGAAGGACCAUCUCAUCCCACAUCUUCGAGAAGAGCACGGAUUGACCUUCACAAAUCUCCACAUCAUUACGUGGAGGUACUCUAUCGAUAGCAGAUGGCCGAGGCAGUGUGGAUUCUGUGAGACACAAUUCACAACUUGGGACGAAAGAAUGAGGCACAUUGCAGAGCACUUUGAGGAAGGGAAAGACAUGGCUGAUUGGAAGUGGCCCUCGGCGCGGCCAAAGGACUACCAUCCACAAGGUCCACGUAAUCAACCAAAAGAUGAUGAUAGCGACCCCGGAAACGAUUUUGACGGGGGCAGUGGCGGUUCAAGACGUAAAAAUCCAGCUGGAAAGAGGAAUGGAAUAUCCGGCGAUUCCCAAGCCUCAGGUGGUCAUGCUCGAGGUGGCGCUCAGUCCUCCCCAUCCCAGGCUUAUGGGAACUCGAAUCAAGCUCAAGGGGUAGAGAACUCUGUGAAAGACAGACAGCAAGAUGUCGCAGAUCCUUCCAGUCAGCCAAAGUCCAGUGUUGCAUUGGAAAUGUAUCUCAGUGAUCCAUUUUAUCCCAUUGGCAGUGGUCCAGAUUGGCUUCCUUCAGGAACAUCAUAUAACCAGCCGCCAGGACACGUUUCCCAAUUCACAUUCAAAAAUAGCGAAAAUAGAGUCAAGGUUUUGAGAUCCCUGUUGGGCGAUUUCCUAUGGCCGAGGCAAAUAAAUGAAUUGCAUUAUCCGAAGUCGCGAAUGUCGUUGACGAGGAAGCAGGCGCCUUGUCGAGAUGGAAAGUCAGCUAUUAGACCUCUCGGGGGGUGUAGCAUUGAAGCUUUAAGGUUAACAAUCGACGGCGUGAACAGCAACACUCCACAAUGCCAUGAAAUAACCUCUCAAGAAGGUGGAUUCCACUAUGCUCUCGAUUUUCCGGCUUGCGGUGCAACGUUUUUCACGAAGAAUGAUUGGACGCGCCAUGCCAGUUCACCACACCUCGAGCAAGAGUUUAUCAUCCCGUGGUGGGAUGUGAGCAUUACGCCUUCUUCCUCAGACUCUCUCUCCGAUGCUGCGGGAGACAGAGCUCAGACCCAGACUCCCAAAAAGCGGCAACAGGCUUCAGAGUCUCCACAUUUCGAUGCACUUAUCCGUCCAAGAAAGGUCCGAAUGCUACGAGACCCUCGAUAUAUGGCUGAGGCUCGAGAAAGGGGUGCUUGCUUUUUAUGCAAGCGGAGAAAGGAAGUGUGCAUCGACGGAGAUCAUCCCGAUGGCCCUUGCCGUCCAUGCUUGGAACGGGCGGACCAAGGUACUUCUAUAACUGGCCUAGUUCGUCCUCUUUGCUGGCAACCAAAUAUUGGUAGUGCUGAAUUGUUCCGCCGAGGUACUUCUCCCGUUCAGUAGCUGUAAAUGCAACAGAGCUGAUGAUCACUCCUAGGUCCGACAAUCGAUUUCGCAGUCUCGCUGCGGGGGAACUUGGAGGAUGAAGUUCCUGGGAAGCAAGCAAUUUGGAAACACUUUGCUAUUCGCAGAAUUGGAAAGGAGCCAUCAAAAUUAAUUGACCUGUCGCAAAACUGGACGUCAAAUGUGUUGAGGGUCAAACUUGAUCGAUAUCUGCCAAAGAACACAGAUAAGCAACACUACUCUUGGUUUGAUGAAGGUGC